CGGUCUGCCAGAUCUCUGCUCCGUGGCACAUCAAGUUCAUCGGGCUUCAGAGACUCAGGAGGCUCAAGAUGGUGUCGAUCCAAAAGCUGCCCUCGCUGCUUCCAGACGAGCCUAAAGACCAUCACAUCGGCAACCCACCCAAAGCCUUCCGAAACCCGUGGCCGUCAUUCAAUCCCAGCCACCACAGUCUGGGGAACAUCGUCAAAGUUCGCUUUGGCAAAGAUCGCCCAACGUUUGUGCCAGUUCCCAAUGACCGCUCGGAGCUGGUACCUGUUCAGCGAGUCGACUUUUCCACGCCUCACCCAGGGCCCAAGGUGACCUGGAUCGGCCAUGCUAGUUUUCUGGUGCAGACCGGCAAGGAGGAUUCCGCGCUACGGGGCAUCAACAUCCUCUGUGACCCGGUGUUUUCGGAGAGGACCUCUCCAUUCACAUGGUUUGGCCCUAAAAGAUAUACACCCACCCCGUGUACUUUGGAGGAGUUGCUUGAUGCUGUCGAGAUCGACCUGGUCGUCAUCAGCCACAACCAUUACGAUCACGCCGACGCAGAGACUCUAAAGGCGAUUUGGGCCCGGAGAAGAUCAAAAGUCCAUUUUCUGGUGGGACUGCACAAUUCGCGUUGGCUGACGGCAAUCGGGAUCGAUCGCUCGUCCAUUACCGAGCUGGAUUGGUGGGAGGGAGUCGACAUUGAGGUCAAUGGGAUUGGAAAGGCUCGGAUCACAUGUACGCCCACACAGCACUUCUCGCGACGAAGCAUAUGGGACUCAAACCACGAUCUGUGGUGUUCGUAUGCGAUUCAAGACCUGCAGGGCUCCGGCAAAAGGAUCUACUUUGCUGGCGACACCGCCUAUCGAUCCAUCCAUUCCAUGAACUUGUCCCGCGAGGAAGAAGACGCACAGCCUGCGUGUCCAGCUUUCAAGCAGAUUGGUGAUCUGCUGGGCCCGUUCGACCUGUCCCUCUUGCCCAUUGGGCUGUGUGAACCAAGGGACUUCAUGUCCAACGUCCAUGCCAACUCGUGGGACUCGAUCCGAAUACAUCAAGAUGUGAAAAGCAGGAGAUCGAUCGGGAUGCACUGGGGGACAGUUCGUGGCGGCCUGUCUCAGUAUUACGAAGAUGUCCGCACGCCGAUGAAGCACUGGAAGAUGGCUGCUGAAGAGGCGGGCUUGAAAUGGGGAGAGGAGAUUGGUGUUUUGGACAUUGGGGAGACGUUGGUGUUGGACUGA